ACAAAAGAAGAGACGAUAUACUUGCUUACUAUAUAUUCGUUAUUUUGUCAGUUUAUAUUUAAACUUUAUUUUCAGAAAACAAACAAGACGACAGAUAUGAAAUUAGAUGCAGUAUAUGUCAUUGGCAUCGUGAUGUUGUUUUGCAAAUGUUCCGGUCAAUCAACCACAAGUGGUACUACUGCAUCAACAACUAAUUCUACUAGUACAGAUUCAUCAACCAUAAAUUCCUUCAAAACAGGUUCAUCAACCACAAAUUUCAUUCAUACAGUUUCAUCAAACACAACUUCAAUGAGUACAAAUUCAUCAACUAUAAAUCUUAUCAAUACAGAUUCAUCAACCACAAAUUCCAUCAAUACAGACUCAUCAACUACACAUUCUAUCAAUACAUAUUCAUCAACAAUAAAUAUCAUCAAUAUAAAUUCAUCUGACAAAAACUCCAUCAAUAAAGAUUCAUCAAACACAAAUUCUAUUAAUACAGAUUCAUCAGUCAAAAUUUCCAUCAAUACAUAUUCAUCUUCAACAAAUUACAUUAAUACAGAUUCGUCAACCACAAAUUCCAUCAAUACAGAUUUAUCAUUCACAAAUACCAUGAGUACAAAUUCAUCAACUACCAAUUCCAUUAAUACAGAUUCGUCAGCCAUAAAUUCUGUCAAUACAGAUUCAUCUACUACAAAUUCCUUCAAUUCAGAUUCAUCAACCACAAACUCCAUUAAUACAGAUUCAUCAUUUAAAAAUUCCAUUAAUACAGACGUAGCGACUAUAAAUUCCAUUAAUACAGAUCCAUCAGUCACAAAUUCCAUCAAUACAGAUUCAUCAGCAACAAAUUCCAUCAAUACAGAUUCAUCAGCAACAAAUUCCAUCAAUGCAGAUUCAUCAACCACAUAUUCCAUUGAUACAAAUUCAUCAGCCAUAAAUUCCACCAUCUCAUUUUCAUCAGCCACAAAUUUUACCAAUAUAGAUUCAUCAACCACAUAUUCCACCAAGUCUAAUUCAUCAACCACUUCCACCAAUACAAUUAACUUAAACAAUAUAAAUUCAUCAGUUACAAAUUCUACUAACUCAGAUUCAUCAACACAAAUUUCCAUCAAUACAGAUUUAUCCACCACAGAUACCAUCAAUAAUUUAGCAUCAAUCACAAAUUCAACCACUACAGGUUCAUCAAUCGCAGGUUUCAUCAAUAUAACAUUAUCAUCAACAAUACAAACAAUCAACAGAGACUCAUCAGCUAAUCAAACCAAUAAUAGAGAUUCGUCAAUAACAAAUGCCACCAAUUUUGAUUCAUCAACUGGAAAGCAAAUCGAAAUAGAUUCGUCAACCAUAAAUUCGGUUAACACAGAUUCAUUAACCACGAAUUUAUUUUAUACAGAUUCAUCAACCAUGAAAUCGUCUUAUAUAGAGUCAUCAACCAAGAAGUUGAUUAAUACAGAUCCAUCAACUACAAAGGCAUUGAAUACAGCUUCACUAAGCACAAGUUUCAUCAAUAAAAGUCCAACAACAUUGAAUUCAGUCAAUAUUGAAAAAUUAAUUACUUAUCCCAUCAAUACAAAUUCACUGACUACACAUUCCAUCAAUACAGAUCCAACAACUAUCAAUUCCAUCAGUCAUAUUAAAUCAACCGCAAAUAUUUUAAAGAUGGAUUCAUCACCAACAUAUUCCAUCACUACAGAUUCACCAAGAACACAUUCCAUCAGUACAGAUUCACUAAGAACACAUUCCAUCAGUACAGAUUCACCAAGAACACAUUCCAUCACUACAGAUUCAUUAACACAUUCCAUCAAUACAGUUUCAUCAACAACACAUUCGAACGAUACAGAUUUAUCAACCAUAGAGUCCAUCACUAAGGAUUCAUCAACACAUACAGAUUCACAAACCACCAUAAAAACAGCAACACAUUCAGUUAGGAUUGCUACAACGUCAGUCAGUACUGCCGUACCAACCACCAGUUCCACUAAUACAGCUACAAAUUCCAUCAGUACAGCUACAGAUUCCAUCAAUACAGAUACACGUUCCAGCAGAACUACGGCCAUAAAUUCCAUCAAUACAGUUAUAAACUCAAAUGUCGUUAAUACAGCUUCAACAAAUUCCGUGAGUACCAAAAAUACUACCAAUAUAGCUCAGCCAAGAAACAAUUAUGUUAGUGUAGAUUUGUCGACCUUAAAUUCUACCAAUCCAAAGUCAUCGACGCCCAAUUACAUUAUUAAUGUUGCAUCAACUACAAAAGCCCUUAAUACAGCUACAUUUACUCGCAAACCCACUGAUUCCACUGAUGUAAACUCAGCUGCGAUUUUAAAUUCUACUAACACAACUGCAUCAAUUCUAAAUGUCAUUAACUCAGUUCUACCAACCCGUAUUCCCAUUAAUUCAACUACAACGAACACAAAGGUCACGGAUGUAGCUGCAUUAAACAAGAGUUCCAACAAUAAAGAUUUACAAAGCCAGUCAUCCAUUAUUACAUAUUCUACAACCACCAAGUUCAUCAGUACAGAUUCUUUAGACACACAUUCUAUCAAUUCAAAUUAUUCAAUCGCGAAUUCGAUCAUUACAGAUUCUACAGCCGCUAGUUUCAUCAAUACAGAUUCUUUAGACACACAUUCUAUCAAUUCAAAUUAUUCAAUCGCGAAUUCGAUCAUUACAGAUUCUACAGCCGCUAGUUUCAUCAAUACAGAUUCUUCAAACAAACAUUCCAUGGAUACAGAUUCAUCAAUCAAGAUGGUUCAUUCAUCAACCAUGGAUUCCAUCAAUACAAAUUCGCCAACGACCAAAUAUAUCAGUGCGAAUUCAUCAACAAAGAAAUCUCCGAGUACAUCCAUAACUUCCAUCAGCAACGCUGUACCAAAUAUAGGUUCUACAAAUAUAGUAGUAUCAACGACUGUGCCUACAAAGACAACAUUAUCUUCAAGCAUUUCGAUAGGCACAGUUGGUACAUAUUCUACGAUCGCUUCUACUUCUAAACUCACGACAGUACUGGGUAAAACCUCACCAAAAAAUACAAACAGAAUGUCUCAAAGGCAAACAGAAUCUAAAACGACUAGCGGAAAUACAGCAGCAAGAGACACUACUUCGUCAUCACCAUUAUCAUCAUCAUCAUCAUCAUCAUCACCACCACCACCAUCAUUAUCACUAUCAUCGUCGCCAUCACCAUCAUCAUCAUCACCACCACCAUCACCAUCAUCAUCACCAUCAGCAUCAGCAGUAGCAGCAUCAUCAUCAUUACCAUCAUCAAGUCAAUCUGGUGCUACAACUACGUCAACAUCCUCAACAACAUUGGCGUUCACAAAGUCAUCGACGCACGUGACAGAUGAUACGAAAUCACCAACAAUGGUGUCGAGUUCUAGAGCUGGUGAUAUUACGACCAGCAAUUCAGAGGCUAUCAAAAGUAAGACGAACUUGUGUUUGAACGUCACGUGCAGUCAGGACAGCUGUAUCAGCACUGCUAGCCGAUCCAACAGCUGUCAUGUGACUAACUCGGGAUCAUGCAGGUCGAUAUUCCGUUUCCAAUAG